AUGAGUAUUCAGAGUGGCUCUUCUCUCAUGGAUGGCGAUGACGCAAAAACUUGGCAGUCUGCGUUAGCCGCACUAGAGCACAAGUACAGUAUCUCCUACUUCCAGCUCCACAACAAUCUGAUCAAUGGAUGGGCUGUCGAAAGGAAUACGCCGUUGAUGAAAGGUGAAUCUGAGAACGCCGGGAAGAAGGCUUCCCUCAAAGAGCAGCAGGCCCCGAUGCCUCGCCCCGUGACGAGCGGCGGGGGUGUCGGCCUGCAUACAUUGAAGGAGCUGCAGCAGCCCUUGCGUCAAGUGCCAGUGGCGCGCAGUGGGCAUCUUCUUCUUCCGUGUGAAGCCCGUCGUAGUCUCAUCCUGCACGGUGGGCUUGGUAUUGGACCGCUAGAUCUCCUCAACGACACGUGGGAGUAUUUGAUUGAUGAGCAGCGGUGGGUGGAGCUUAUUUGCCGCGGCACCGCCGUCGCCACCGGGGUGUUGGAGGGCAGCAUGCCACCCAAAGCGUUCGGUCAGUGUGGCGCGCUCUUUGGUGGUGGGCGAUAUCUUUUCGUACAUGGCGGCAUCACAAGCGGUGAGAACAACGUGCUGCUGGCGUACCAGCUCGACAUUGAGCGGCGACUGUGGAAGAAGCUGUGCCUCGACCACCCGCUGCCAACGAUGUGGGGAUCAGUGGCGCAGACACUUCUUAUUCCUACGCAUGAGGGCGACGCGAAAGGGGUAGGUGCCGGGGAAGGUGCGUCGGCCCCGCAGCAGCAACAGUCACGGCAAACCACGGAGGUUGUGGUUGUCUUCGGCGGCAUGCAAGAAAGCACGGCCUUCAACAGCACGUACUUUCUCUACUUGUCGGCGCCGCCACUGUCGAUGGGGAGGCGGCAGUACACGGAAGAUGAGAAGCGCGUGGUGGUGAAGCUUCCGGACGUGGCGCCGCUCACCUUUCCUGGGCGGCGGCGUGCCUGUUCCGCCGUCUGCAAGGAUUUUUUCUUCUUUAUCUUUGGCGGGCGUGACAAGGCGUGCUUCUACAAUGAUCUCUGGGUGUUGAACGCGUACACGCGGCAGUGGAUCAUGGUGCGUGAGGAGACGCCGUUGCAGUGGAUGCGUGCUUUCUUCCUGCACCCAUUCGACGCAGAGCCGGGGCGCCGCAUCAUGGACUUCGUGAAGGCCUUGCUGGAUGUGCGGCGUGACGACAAGCGAUGCAGGCAUCCGACGGCGGUGCCGCAGAGUUGCGUCGAGCACAACAGCACCGCGCGGUGGCGCACCGGCGCGGUGAUGGUGAGCCGAGGCUCCGACAUCUUUGUCCAUGGUGGCUUCACCUUUGACACGCAGGGGGCUAUUGAAACGCACAAGGACAUGCACGUCUACAACUACGUGCGCCACGUAUGGCGCGUGGUGAGUAUGAGCUCGCGACGCAAGAUGCCGGCGUUCCCCGCGGGGUACUUCAGGGCGAGUGCUAUCUCCUCCUCCUCCUCCCCUUCACCCUCCCCCUUGCUCUCAGUGCAGGGGGGCGGUGGUGCACCACCGCCCAAGGCGGGCCCAGAGCAGGAGCCAGUUUCCCCGCCCAACUUGGCGCUGGUGAUGGACAUCGACGCGGCAUCUCCAGUGGGGCGCACGAUGGCGGCCAUGUGCGCGGACCCUGUGCUGCCCGGCUUCCGAUUUUUCUUGUUCGGUGGCCGCUCGGAGGAUGAGCCGAGCGGCGACCUCUACGAUGUGCGCAUCGACGUCACCCACCCCACCUUUGACUCCGGAAUGACGAUGCUGAAUGAGAAUGGAGAGAAACACCUGUCCAAUUCCGAUGAAAAGGCGCGCGCAGCUCCUGGAGUCAACGUCCCGGACGCAGCGUACUCUCCAGAGCUGCUGCUGCUACCGUCGUCGCUGUUAUCGUCUCCCUCCUCUGCCGCUGCUGCUGGUGCCUUGCUGCCAUUAGACAGGCAGCACCUGGGGAAGCGCAGGUUAUGGGAACAGGCGACGGACUGGGUGCGGGCGGCGCUGCUGGAGGAGCAGUCGCUGCGCCGCACAAUGCAGGUAGUGGUGCAGCCGGAGCAGGUGGUGUCGCCCGUGUGGCUGCGUGAGGCAAGUGAGCGCUGCGGUAUGAUGCAAAAGAAGGUUGACAAGUUCCACGACGGGCUCGUGGCGUUGGUGUGGUGCUCCCCGCCGUUUCUGCAGAGCGGGUGA